AUGCAGCCGGGUCAGGGGACUACCCCGCAUAAUAGACGGCCAACCAAACCCGAGAUGAAGCACGAAGGCUCCAAGAAGGUGCCAUGGAAGAAACCGGCGGGCGGAGCUCCAAGGAAGCCAGGCAAACCAGGAAGUGGUCCUGGCAAGCCUUCAGCCAAUUGGGCCGCCAAAAAAGGCUCUCAUCCAUAUAAGCGUCGUGAAAUACCUACUAAGAAUAACAUGACACAUGAUGAGGUCAUAGCGAUAUGGGAGAAGAUGCGUGUCAAGAAGCUGCCGCCUCCCGAGAGACUGCGCUACAUCAAUUCUAUUAUAGGCUACUUUGUUGAUAACGUCGUCACUUUCUCACGCAAGCCUGUUGAAGUGCGUAUCCUCAGGUUUAUAGUGAAGCACGGAACAGAUGAUUACCGAAGCAUGAUUCUCAAAGAGGUCAGCGGGCACGUACAGGAGCUUAUUGUCGACAAGUACGCCACGAAGCUGAUAGAGCGCCUCGGGGGAAGCUAUAGAUGGGACAAGGAGACGGCCCUUGCCAUUGUUGAGAGCAUCCUCCCAAACCUCCAAAAGCUUUGUCUCAACACAACAGGUGCAACUACCAUAAGCUAUAUUUAUCAAACCGUGCCUCUGAAGGUGCAGAACAAGAUGCUUAUAGCGCUGGUUGGACCUGCUGUGGACAUAACGGAUACAGCGCUUAUUGCCCGCGAAGCGUUUAUCCUCAAAGAGGCUCUCUACGUCCCCGGUCGCUUCAAUGCAGUAUUUUCUGAGUGCAUGAAAAUCCUUCACAAAGGGUUGGAGAAGAACCUUCUUGGCUGCACACUAUUAACUAAGCUGGCUGCUGACACGCUCCGAAUGAUCUUUGGGUGCUUUGGGAGUACAACUGGUCCACAUCUCGGACACGGUUCUGCAACUGAUGAAGACUCUGGUGCCAAGGAUGGAGCACUAGAGCCCGCACCUAAAAAGACCAGUGUUUUGAGAAAUGUCAACGAGAAGACCAUUCAAUUUGUUUCUGAAUUGACGGAUGCGCUAAUAGAGGAAAAUGCGUUUUUGUCUCUGCUCGAUACAGCUGACUCUGUUUUCGUGUCUUCCUUUGUUCUCCAAUUCUGCACUCCUAAACGCAGGAAAGAUGUAAUAAAGGCUGUGCGCCCAAACGUUGUUCAGUUUGCGGGCGAUCCUAUGGCCUUCAUUCUUCUUUGCAAAUUGUUUGCGGUCACUGACGACACUGUUACCACCACAUCCUCGCUCAUCUCAGGAGAGGGCGGAAUUGGUGCCUCACUCAAUACAAUUCUUCGCACUAGAGCGGGGAUCAGAACCGUACAUUUUCUCCUAUUUGGUUUGAAAGAGCUUGAUGCUUCGGGUAGAGGCACUACUCCUAUCUUCGCCAAGUGGAUAUCGGAGAUUCUCCGUCAGACUGAUCUGAAAGUUAUUUUCCCCGAAGCCAGCGUAGAUCAGUUUCCGGGCCUCUGUAAAAAAGAUGGAGCAACAAAGCAGGCAGAAUUACGCGCUGGGAUAAUGCCGUAUUUACUGAAUGCAUUGACAAACGAGGAUUUAUUGGUGUCUCUCCUUGGGAGCUGUGAGGUAGGGAGCCAGAUGCUUUGUGAGCUCAUUGCCUAUCUUUCUACCAGCACCGAUGAGGUCACUAAAACAGAGAAGUCGCUGAAGACUAAGGCAAGCAAGAAGAGCAACGCAGACUCACAACCCGUUCUAGACGAUAAGCUGCAACCCAUUCUUAGGACGAUUGCGAACGCGGCCUGCAAACUGGUCGACCCUACCGUGCGGGGCAUCCGACAGACAGACAAGGACCUACUACACCAGGGAAGCGCAAGCAAUAUCAUGAAAAUGAUAGCCAAGCAGCAGAAGAAGGCUAUUGAGCUAGCCAAAAAGGAGCAAGAACGGGCGGCUGGAGAGGAGGCGGCUCAUACGACAGAUGAAGACGAUGACAGUGGCUCUGAGGCAUCCAGUAAUAAUGAGGAGCAUCCAAAGGAGGGUGAUGAGCCGCCAAAGAAGAACCGAGCCGAGAGAGACAAGCCCAAGAGAAAUGCUCCGUACGUGCCAUGCGCCCCAGAGGAUAGACAGCCGCUGUUCAGGCAUGACGUGGGUUACUUCAGCGUUCGGCGUAUUUUGACGAAUCAUCCACCGUUUGGAGAACUUCUUUUGUCAGCAUUUGAGGCCCAAAGUGUACCGGGUCGCUUUUUCGCUGAUAAGCGAGGGGCAUUCAUGCUCGAGCAUAUAGCCAAGAUAAGCGACAAGAACAAUACCCUGGUUAGAGAAUUUGUCUCCCGGCACAAUUUAACUAAGACCGUCGCCGCGAAGGGCUGCAAAGGGAGCGAGGCGCUUUGCACAGUUUUGGGCCUGUGA